CUUUUUCUAUCAUGCCUGCAUGUGUGCUUCUGUACUCUUACAGGCUGUGUGCAUUUUUUUUUCCUUCCAUUUUUAUUUGCCUAGCCACAUUGAUUGCAGGUGUUAGUGGUUCUUGUUAUCUUUUUGACAUUGCAUCAAAAUGCAAGCUUUUUUGGUGGUGAAUGUAAUGUUAUUUUUAUUUUUAAAAACAUGCUUGUGAAGCCAGGCCUCCUUUAUAUGAUACGGUAAAUUAAACACACCCUUUGGUAUGUAGUACCCUGCCUCUGUGAGUUCUUUUUACCUAGAUUACUCCAGUCCUUCCAUGAGACUUCUUGGAAGAAGGUACUAAGCUUCAAGUAGGUGAGCAUUUUACUUGCGAAAAGGAUCCAGUUUUAUUUACCUUUAUUCCACCAAAGACUUGAUCUAGCUUUUUCUCAAUAAAUAUUCAUCUGAAUAUCUUAGUCAUGUUUAUUUUGACUUCAGGUGGCUGAUAAGCAUUAUUCGACAAGCUUAAUUGUUACAAAAUGUAAAACUACUCUGAAUUUAGCAAAAGCAAAAUAGCUGUGCCUGAGGGAGGCAAAGUUAGAUUAUCUUCCUAUAAUUAAACAUUUCUAGCUUCUCUGGGAAAAAGAGAACAAAACUUGCUCUCCAAGUUUUAGACCACUUCACACAGUGUAUACGCUAAAUGUGUUUUCCUUUUCUCUAGCAAGUACAGAAGUAACGGACCUAAGAUUGGAAACUGGAAACUCCAGACAGUGCAUAUGCCAGGAUGUUUUUGUUUGUUUUUCUCCAUUUCAUUUCUUUCCCACCUACAAUUCCAAGGGAAAACAUUGUCUCAGCCCUUGGGAAAAAAAUCACCUUGAAAGUGCAUAAAAAUUCCAGAGCAGUUCCAGGUUACUAAGAGAGCUCUGUAAAGGAACAACAAAUUGUGACUUUAUAGGGGUUGAAGCGGAAGAAUGGGGUAAAUUUCUUCACACCAAAAAUAAGCUUUACACGGAUUUUGAUGAAAUUCGACAAGAAAUUGAAAAUGAAACAGAAAGAAUUUCAGGAAAUAAUAAGGGAGUAAGCCCUGAACCGAUCCAUCUUAAGAUAUUUUCACCCCACGUUGUUAAUUUGACACUUGUGGAUUUGCCAGGAAUGACCAAGGUGCCUGUAGGUGAUCAACCUAAGGAUAUUGAGCUUCAAAUCAGAGAGCUCAUUCUUCGGUUUAUCAGUAAUCCAAAUUCCAUUAUCCUCGCUGUCACUGCUGCUAAUACAGAUAUGGCAACAUCAGAGGCUCUUAAAAUUUCAAGAGAGGUGGAUCCAGAUGGUCGCAGAACCUUAGCUGUAAUCACUAAACUUGAUCUCAUGGAUGCGGGUACUGAUGCCAUGGAUGUAUUGAUGGGAAGGGUUAUACCAGUCAAACUUGGAAUAAUUGGAAUAGUUAACAGGAGCCAGCUAGAUAUUAACAAUAAAAAGAGUGUAACUGAUUCAAUACGUGAUGAAUAUGCUUUUCUUCAAAAGAAAUAUCCGUCUCUGGCCAAUAGAAAUGGAACGAAGUAUCUUGCUAGGACUCUAAACAGGUUACUAAUGCAUCACAUCAGAGAUUGCUUACCAGAGUUGAAAACAAGAAUUAAUGUUCUAGCUGCUCAAUAUCAGUCUCUUCUGAAUAGCUACGGUGAACCUGUGGAUGAUAAAAGUGCUACUUUACUCCAGCUCAUUACCAAAUUUGCCACAGAAUAUUGUAACACUAUUGAAGGAACUGCAAAAUAUAUUGAAACUUCAGAACUAUGCGGCGGUGCUAGAAUAUGUUAUAUUUUCCAUGAGACUUUUGGGCGAACUUUAGAAUCUGUUGACCCACUAGGUGGCCUUAAUACUAUUGACAUUUUGACUGCCAUUAGAAAUGCUACUGGCCCACGUCCUGCUUUGUUUGUGCCUGAGGUUUCAUUUGAGUUACUGGUCAAACGGCAAAUCAAACGUCUGGAAGAGCCUAGCCUCCGUUGUGUGGAACUGGUUCACGAGGAAAUGCAAAGGAUCAUUCAGCACUGUAGCAACUACAGUACACAGGAAUUGUUGCGGUUUCCUAAACUUCAUGAUGCCAUAGUCGAAGUAGUGACUUGUCUUCUUCGUAAAAGAUUGCCUGUUACAAAUGAAAUGGUCCAUAACUUAGUGGCAAUUGAAUUGGCUUAUAUCAACACAAAACAUCCAGACUUUGCUGAUGCUUGUGGGCUAAUGAAUAAUAAUAUAGAGGAACAAAGGAGAAACAGGCUGGCAAGAGAAUUACCUUCAGCUGUAUCACGAGACAAGUCUUCUAAAGUUCCAAGUGCUUUGGCACCUGCCUCCCAGGAGCCCUCCCCUGCUGCUUCUGCUGAGGCUGAUGGCAAGUUAAUUCAGGACAGCAGAAGAGAAACUAAAAAUGUUGCAUCUGGAGGUGGUGGGGUAGGAGAUGCUGUUCAAGAACCAGCAACGGGUAACUGGAGAGGAAUGUUGAAAACUUCUAAAGCUGAAGAAUUAUUAGCUGAAGAAAAAACAAAACCAAUUCCAGUUAUGCCAGCUAGUCCACAAAAAGGCCAUGCUGUGAAUCUGCUGGACGUGCCAGUUCCUGUUGCACGAAAACUAUCUGCCCGUGAACAGCGAGACUGUGAGGUGAUUGAACGACUCAUCAAAUCAUAUUUUCUUAUUGUCAGAAAGAAUAUUCAAGACAGUGUGCCAAAGGCAGUAAUGCAUUUUUUGGUUAAUCAUGUGAAAGAUACUCUUCAGAGUGAGUUAGUAGGACAACUGUAUAAAUCAUCCUUAUUGGAUGAUCUUCUGACUGAAUCUGAGGACAUGGCACAGCGUAGGAAAGAAGCAGCUGAUAUGCUAAAGGCAUUACAAGGAGCCAGUCAAAUUAUUGCUGAAAUCCGAGAAACUCAUCUUUGGUGAAGAGAUCUAGAUAAUGCUAGAGACUUUGUUGAUUCAACUCACUAGUUACUGCCUACUUCAGUAGACUUUUAUUUAUGGACUUUGUAUAUUGCAGUGGUAUGAAUCUGCUCAUGUGAAGACUGGCUAUAAACUGAAAAGUGUACUCUGUAUCGCAGAACAAAUCAUACAUUUAAUCCAAAUAAUAAAUGGCUACUUCUAAAGUUUUCCAGUAUAUAUAAAAUACAUGAAGUCUGUCUGGGACAGUUUCAUUUGAACAUGAAAAGAACUGUUAAUGUCCUAGUAGUACAAGCAGUUUACGGCCUGUGGAUAAGAUGACCCACGUAAUCUUUGUCACUUGUCUUAAAGCUGCUGCCAUAGUCCUUCAAGAGAAAGUACCAAGACAACAUUUCAUACAACUAUAAUGCAUGUGCUGUAUAAAUUGAUCUGGCUUUGAAAGAUGUGGUUUGACAAGCUACUCACAUAGAGUCACUGUUUUCCACUUGUCUUUAUUUUUUUUUUUUUUUGAGAUUCUCUGCAGCCUUUCAUGUGUUAGUAAGAAAGCUGAAUGCAUAAGAACAUUGAAAGUGAUGGGGUGUACAUAAUGUGCAGCUAGCUACAUAGCCCUUCCACUUCUGGGUCCAUGUUGCCCUAGUGCAUUAAACGUUACAGUAUUCUUUGAUUCUUAAUUAAAUUUGGAAGCAUGAAUUACAAUUUCCUGCUUAAAAACAACCAUCUAGACUUGACUAGUCGGAUUUAAUAAUGAUGACCAGUUCCUUUUAGUUUUUAGAAGUUUCAGUGAUGACCUAAACUCCCUUUGGUUUGCAAAUACAGUAGUAGUAAUCAAGAUACAUCUUUAAAAUGGGGCACUUACACCAUGCUCCCAAGACUUACUUUGAGGCGGGACUGAAAACCAAAUAACUUCUGAUCAUUUAGGUUAUUAUUCUGUCUUCUUCCCUCUGUGAGGUAUUGGUUGGUACUAGCUACUUGUGCAGAACAGUUACAGAAAAACUGGUAUAACUUAUUUAAAGAAAAACAUACAAACACACACAUUCCUAAAGUCUAUAGACUACUGAAUCGCAUGCAGGGGCUGGGGUUGGAGGUUUAGAACAUACCAAUAUUUUAUUAAAGUUUUCCAGGUGAUUCUUGAUAUCUAUAAUUUACAUUAUAGAUUUUAAGAUACUGGUAGAAAUCUACAAGACAUCUAGCUCCAUCUCUCUAACAGAUAACACCUUAAGUAAACAAACUGUAUAUUGCAGAUAAUAAAAUUUCUUUUCAAGUUAUGACCAGAUAGUUAUGAAGGAUAUUGGCAGUGAAAAUAUGAGUAUGUUCUGUUAAGUUUAUGGUACCCAUUUACUAAGAAACAAUAAGCUCAGUACUGAUCUCAAAAAACCCAGAUAGGAUAUUAAAUAUCAGUUUUCAAAUUAUGGCCAUUCACUUAUUUCAGAUAGUAGAUUAACUGUCUACCAAUGUCAUGGCCUUCUAGCCUUUUGGAUUUGUAAGGAAAAAAGUCUUACAAUGUACCUUUCUCCAGCAUAUCGAACAGAUUUCGAUUUUGAAAAUGUUAGCUUUAAAGACAUGCUAUGGUAAUGUUCUUGCUAAUACUACAUUUUGUACAAAGAAAAACAGAGGCAAAAAAGUUAGGGAAGAAUACUUUCCUUUGUUGGUCAUUAAACUGAGUGAAGUUCUGAAAUGUAAAGAUGGCCUCUGACAUCUCUGACAUUUAUAAUGGAUACCUGUAUGCUGUUGCUCUGUAAAUAAAAUUGCUGGUAUGAAAUGACAUUGAUGUUUGUCAAUAAAUGAAUACUUCCUAAGGAAAACUGGUUUCAAGUUUACUUUCAGAAAGGUGACUUUUAACAUCUGAGUCUACUUUGGAAAAUAACAAAACAGCUUAAACUGUACCAAAGUUUUAUGACUGUUUUCCUAUUAGAUUCUCCAGCUCACUGAGAUAUGAUUACAUCUCCAUUUUUGUAUAUGAGGACACAGUGACUUCCUCCAAGUAAUCCAGGUAGUAAAUGGCUAGAAUUUACUACCUGCUUUGCUGCCUAUAAGAUUUUCUAGAAGAAAUCUGAUUGUGAACCGUAUUUUGGUAUGUGCUUCACUUGAUCCUCAGGGAAAUGGGGGUGCUAUUACUUUGAUUUUAUAGGUGUGGAAAACAGUUCUGGAGCAUUAAUUUACCUAAUGUAUGUAGAGCUGAACUGAGUCUUGAUUCCAAAUCCUUUAAGUUUGACCUGAAAACGUCCCUUACUUGUGUAUCUUUUUAUCUUCUUACUAAUA